AAGGCCUCUCUUUCAACCCACCCUCUCCUCUUCCCCCAACCAUUUCACCAUUCUUUUUCCACAGCCAUUUAUUAGAUUCCUUUAAUGGUCUUUUCUUCUCCAUUGGAUUUCGCUGAUUCUUAACCAAAAAACCCUUCCCAAUUCCUUCGUUUCUUCUUCAUUUUACUCUCUUUUCUCUCAUUUUUUGGACUUUUGGACAUACAACUCUUCUGGGUUUCUGCCUUUUUCUUUCUUUCUGCAAUUUUUCUCUUCUGGGUUUGUUCUAUACAUGUUUUUUUUUAUACCCAGAUGUAUAUCCUUACAGAUUUGUAACAAAACACUCAUAUUUCAUAAUUUUCUUGAUUUUUUUCUUGUGAAUAAAUAAGGUAUUUAAGUCGAGUUUCUUCGAAUUUUCUUUUUUCUACUGAACAGUAUAUUUAAAUAAAGAAGAAAAAGAAAAAAAAAAAAGGGGGGAAGGGAGAGUGAUAUGGGAAAACAUGGACCUUGCUGUCACUGUGGAGUUACAAGCACGCCUCUCUGGCGUAAUGGACCUCCUGAUAAACCAGUAUUAUGCAACGCAUGUGGAUCCCGAUGGAGGACGAAGGGAACGCUUGCGAACUACACCCCUUUGCAUGCUCGAGCUGAUCCUGAUGAAUAUGAAAAUCACAGGGUUAAGAGCAUUUCAAUAAAUAAAAACAAAGAAGUGAAACUGCUAAAACGAAAGCUGCAACAAGCAGAUGGAUCGAUUGGGUGGACGAUUCCUGAUCAAAGUCAGGGUUACUAUAGAGUAGUGGAUGAAGACACAAGCAAUAGAUCCAGUUCUGGGUCAGCCAUAUCUAAUCCUGAGAGCUGUGCUCAUUUCAGCAGUGCUGAUGCAAGUGACUUAACAGGUCCAGCUCAGUCGAUAGUGUGGGAGGCCAUGGUGCCUUCGAGAAAGAGGACCUGUGUGAAUCGUCCAAAGCAAUCCCCGGUCGAGAAACUAACUAAAGAUCUAUAUGGUAUUUUAUGUGAGCAGAGAUCUUCCUAUUUCUCUGAAGCUUCUGAGGAGGAUCUGCUUUUUGAGAGUGAAAAACCUAUGGUCUCUGUUGAGAUAGGCCAUGGAAGCAUUCUCAUUAGGCAUCCGAGCUCAAUAGCUCGAGAAGAGGAGUCUGAGGCUAGCUCGGUUUCAGUUGAUAACAAGCAAUACUUGGUAAAUGAGGUCUAUUCCCCCCAUUCUGCUACUGUUCUUGUAUGUAGUGAAAACAAGGGCAUGAAUGUUCCACCAUCUAGGAUUGGAAAGAUGAAGAAUCCUUCUGGAUCAGGGGUACAACAAGUACAAAUUAAAAGGGACGACUCUCAUCAUGAAAGUGCACAAAUUCUUGGAAGCCAUAACUCGCCCUUAUGCGACGUAGAUAUAAAUGACAUUAUAAACUUCGGAGAGUUUGGGAAACAACUUACAAAUGAAGAACAGCAGCAGUUAAUGAAGUAUCUACCACAGAUCGAUAUUGCUGAGCUUCCGGAGACCCUCAAGAGCAUGUUUGAUAGCCCCUAUUUCAAGGAGAGUUUAACUUCCUUCCAACAACUACUUAGGGAGGGUGUUUUCGACGCUUCCUUCCUUGGGACAAUGAUCGAAGAUUGCACGACUCUGAAAAGGCUUGUACUAUGUAACUCUUCGAAAUCCAAAUGGGUCGAACGCUAUCAUCAACUGAAGAAACGUAAAAAUGAUGGCGAAGGAUCUUUUCUUUCCAACGCCAACACGUCUGUGUCGAGUAACUUCAUGAAUGUGAAGCGAUUGCACGAGAGCUACAAUCAAAAUGUUCCUGAGGUAAAGACUAUCAUGAAGAGUCCCAAAAGGUUGGUGAUGAAGGAAAAUAAGGAUCCUGGAGAGAAUGAUGGGUCUUGCUUCAGUCCUAGAAGCUUGUUUGCCUUGCCUACUGAUGGAAGCUUUGAAUAUUUACAAUUCAUCGAAAGAAGUUCGGAUCAAGACCUAUUGCUCGAUGUGCGAUCAAAUAAUUCAUUCCCACAGGCCGAGCUCCUUCACCCGACCUCUCGUACGGGUGGUAGGCAGGCCAGCACAUGUAGUAGCUCGGUUCACCCAAAUCUUGUACAUCACUAACAACUGUAUUUUCCAUUCAUAACCACUGUGCCUGCUGCUAUUAGCUAAUAGCUAUGGCCGGGACUCGCAUGUUUUUUGUUGUAAAAGAAAAGUCGGUAAAGGUCGAAUGGCAUCUUUCGUUUUUCGAUUCACCCU